AGAUCAUACCCAUGCAGUUAAGAAUUGUUGAUUUGUAAAAGACACGUGACCACCAUAAUCUAUUAAUCCGGCCGUUCAUCGCUAUCUUUUGUAAAUAUAUUUCUUUAAUGACCUCCUUACGACAUGCUCUGGUUCGGUUAUCAUUGCACAACACUUUAAUCAAAAAGGAAAUAUUUUGCUUUCAUCCCUUUUUUUAUUCAAGGAAAACAUCAAUACCUAAUUGAUGAUAUCCUUUAAUAUUUGAAAUUUAAACGAUUACGCCUUAUUAACCGCCGGUUUGCGUUUCAAUCUGCAGUGUUUUGGAUUCGUUUCCCAGACGUGUUUCAUUUAUAAAAUUAAGCACUUUUUUUUCCGGACAAGGAAGUGACAUUUUGGAAAAACCCGAUUGCAGCGACCAUGUGCCAGUGAUCAAACACAGGGAAAAACGAUCUUAAAUAUACUAUAAAAUGGUGGCCGGACUAUUUACACAGUUUCUGCUGCUAACGUGGAAAAAUAUUCUUCUCCAAAGACGAAAACUCUGUGUGACGGUUUUUGAGAUUGUGUUGCCGUUGGUUUUUCCUAUUGUGCUUAUUGUAAUACGAAAUCUCAGCGAUUUUAAGCCACAGUUAAAAAAUGCUACGAUAUAUGAAGCAAACCCUAUCGGUUUUGAGUAUUGGAGUUAUAAUGAAGUUCUCUACGCCCCCAACACGACGUUGAUUACAAAGGUUAUGAAUAACACUCGUCAGAUUUUGAAAGAACGAAGUAGAUUCCCAAGUGAUUUAUCCAUGAAAGGAUUUGCGACGGAAGUGGAUAUUCUUAAUUACUACCAAAACAUAAGUGUUUGGAACCGUUUUAGUAAGGUUGCAGUAGUCUUUGAUCCGUCACAUUCCAACGACUCCGUUUUGCCUGAUGACGUCACCUACAAAAUUCGAAUGGACGGGCAAUGGUCAACCAAAUCCAAGUAUUUUGACCAUGAUUCUUACCAAGGACCAAGGCGGUUUCAACCGUAUUUUGAUUAUGGAUUUCUGAUUCUAAUGUUUGGGAUCGAUACAGCCAUCAUCAAACACUUCAGCCCCUCUGCUACCAUGAUGAACAUAACGACCAUGAGAAUGCCCUACCCGCCCUAUUAUACCUACCAGUUGGGUAUCUUUAUAAAAUACUCUGUUGCAGUCACCCUCGUUCUAGGCUUGGUUUUACCUACACUACAGCUAACAAAGGAGAUAGUGCACGACCGAGAGAAGAAAUUAAAAGAAACGCUAAGGAUGAUGGGACUUAGUUCCUUUGUUUACUGGUUCUCCUGGUUUUUCAAAGGAGUUAUCUUCCUUACUGUUACUUUCGCAAUCACUGUCAUCAUCAUUCAAUCAGGAUCUGCCAAAAUUUUUGACUUCUCGGAUUCCUCCCUGAUCUUCUUCUUCUACUUGUCAUACGGCGUGUCUGUUGUGGCUUUUUCCUUUCUGUUUAGCAGUUUCUUUAACAAAGCCAACACUGCAUCCUAUUUUUGUGCGUUCGUCUACUUUAUCACUGUGACUCCUCAUUUUGGGUUGAUAACGAAGUACGCUGACUUGACGAAAUCCCAAAGAAUGGCUUUGUGCCUCUUGAACAAUAUGGCCAUGGCGACUGGGUUUUCAUCUAUAACUGAAUACGAAGCAAUAGGAAAAGGUGUUCAGUGGAACACUUUUACCAAACCUCCAACAGUUGACGGAACAUUCACAUUUGGUGACGCCAUCUUGAUGCUUUGGAUUGAUAGCGCCAUCUACUUCCUGCUCACGUGGUACAUUGACGGUGUCAGGCCCGGAGAAUAUGGUGUUCCUCAACCAUUUUAUUUUCCUUUCACGAAAACUUACUGGUGUGGCGGUGAGAAGAUUCAGAAAAUGUCAAGUGAGGAAACCAGCCGAGAUCCCAAAUUCUUUGAGAGCGACCCACAUGGACUCAAUGUCGGAAUCAGUAUGAACAAUCUACGUAAGGUGUUUAAAUCAGACAUGAAAGAGGUUGUUGCCGUGAAAGGAACAACUCUCGAUAUAUUCCAAGGUCAAAUCACCGCCCUUCUCGGACACAAUGGCGCCGGAAAAACUACCACCAUGUCCAUGUUGACUGGAUUUAUUCCAUCAACAUCCGGGUCUGCCAGAGUAAACGGAUAUGACAUCAACACUGAUAUCAGCAGUGUCAGGGGUAGUUUAGGUCUCUGUCCACAGCACAAUACUUUGUUUGACAACUUGACCGUAAAACAACAGUUAGAGUUCCACUUUAAGCUUAAAGGAUGCAACAGAAACACAUUAGAUAACGACAUAUCGGAAACUCUGAAAGCCUUUAGACUCCAGGAAAAGCAAAAUGAUUUGGCACGUACUUUGUCUGGCGGACAGAAACGAAAAUUAUCUGUGGCGAUAGCGUUGAUUGGAGGGUCCAAGGUUAUCAUUCUUGACGAACCAACCUCUGGUAUGGAUCCUGGUGCCAGGCGCCAAAUGUGGAACAUACUUCAAAAGUAUAAAGAGGGCAGAACUAUUGUUUUAUCCACUCAUUUCAUGGAUGAGGCGGAUGUACUUGGUGAUCGAAUUGCAAUUAUGGCUGACGGCGAAAUCAAAUGUUGCGGAUCAUCGCUAUUUCUUAAAAAGCUUUAUGGUGCUGGAUACCACCUAGUAAUUGUAAAAGCACGCAACUGCGACAUUGACUGCAUGAUGGGAAUAAUACACAAACAUAUCCCAAAAGCAUCUGUUGAGAUGGAGGUUGGUGCUGAGGUCUCAGUACUUCUCCCCACUGAAGAAACUGCAAAUUUUGAAGCUUUGUUCAGCGAAUUGGAAGAAAAUGGAUCCCAUAUAGGGGUAGGCAGCUUUGGGUUAUCCGCAACAACGAUGGAAGAAGUUUUUCUCAAGGUAAAGGAUGAUAGGAUCGGAGAAAGGGUGGACAUUAGACACGAACAAGACGAAAGAGAUGUUCCCCAUGUUCCGUUGGAUAUAGAUGACGAUGUUCCUUUACUACAACAUCUAGUGGAUGUAAAUGUGGAUAUAGAAUUUAAUAGGGGAGUUGAGAAAAAUACAGGAAUACGGGUUGUCCUGCAGCAGGUUUAUGGCUUGCUUGUAAAGAAAGCUUUGCAUACCUGGAGAAGCAAGGUUAUGAUUUUAUUUCAACUCAUUGUACCGAUCCUUCUUGGACUAUGUGGUCUUUUAGCAGACCAAUCCAUUUCUCAGUUAACAUUUGACAUUGAACCGCCAUUGACUCUGAAUCUGGAUCCCUAUCCAGACACUACCACAACGAUCUCGGCUGGACCCAGACCAACAGAGACAGCGAAAAAUCUUACUGAAGCAUUCUCUCAAUGGUUUGAAAAAAGGGGACUUAAUGUUAUCGAAUACAAUCCAAAACCCCCUUUAAAGUUUAAUAUAAGUGAGUUCUGGUUGGACAAAAUCAAAGACAUGGGGAAAAGAACUUUCAGAUCUCACUACCUUAUCGGGUUUGGAGUAAAUGGCAGUGAUGUUGUGAGCUAUUAUAAUGGCGAUGCUAUUCAUUCUGCUGGGAUCAGUCUUGUAAAUACAAUGAAUUUUCUUUUAAAGCUUCAUUGUGGAAAAAGCAAAAACAUACAAACCAUAAACCACCCAAUGCCAGACAGUUACUAUGUGGAAUAUGAUACAGGGUUAGAAAUGUUUAAAGGUCUAGGCAUCGCUGAGUGUGUAUUGUUUGGACUCUCUUGUCUCGUUGCUUCGUUUUGCGUCUUUCAUAUCCGAGAAAGAUCGUCUGGAGCGAAGCACUUGCAAAAAGUUAGUGGAGUCAGUUCCAUAGUGUUUUGGAUGGCAAACCUAAUCUGGGACAUGCUUCAUUACUUGGUACCAAUCGUCUUCAUUUUGGUUUGUUUUGCAGCCUAUAAAAUUCCGGCAUACGUCGAUGAAGGCAGACUGGGCUUACUGUUUUUCUGUUUUCUCAUGUUCGGGUUUGCGUCCAUAUCAUUCAUGUACCUUUUGCAGUUUCUCUUUCGAUCGCCUGCAGGCGGAACGGUGGUUAUCAUCAUCAUAAAUAUCGUUGUUGGUCUUUUCACACUACUUACUGUCACCUUUCUCUACCCUGUAAAGGAGACUAGUGACUCUGCCGUAAAGAUGGACAAUGUAUUUAUGGUUUUCUUUCCUCAUUACUGCCUAGGAAAGAGUAUAAUUAACAUAUAUGUCCGGUAUGCUAAGCGGUUGAAAUGUCUCCACCCGAACAAACACGAUCAUCCUUCACUCACAUUUUUUGGAGGUUCAGAUGAAAAAUGUCCGGACAGCGAUUACUUGGAGUUGGAUUACCCGGGGUGUGGCAAAUACCUGUGUAUGAUGGCCCUCCAGUUUGUCGUGUAUAUGACACUAGUGUUUAUGAUAGACAGCGGGGUAAUACAGAGGCUUGUCUACAGAGCCCUGUGUAAUAAACACAGUAUUACUGACCCGGACAACGUCAUGGUUCAAGACUCUGACGUCAUUGAAGAAGAAAACAGAGUGAAUUCAACACAAAUUAGCGCCCUUAUGAAUACAGAUAAAUUGAUAAUCAAGAAUUUGAGGAAAACAUUUGGAACUUUGAACAGGUUUGAAGCCGUGAAAGAUAUCAGCGUUGGAAUAUCCGCACAGGAGUGUUUUGGAUUGUUGGGUCAAAAUGGCGCGGGCAAAACGACGACAUUUAAAAUGCUCACUGGUGACGUCAUGAUUUCAACUGGGAGGGCUUACGUCAAUGGCUAUUGCGUGGACAGCCAGCUAAAUGAGGUUCAUCGGUGUUUGGGGUACUGUCCUCAAUUUGACGCACUGAUCGAAAGCAUGACGGGAAGAGAGAUCCUCACCCUCUACGCCCGACUUCGUGGGGUGAGAGAGGAUGAGAUAACCCGCGUGAUAGACGACUUAUUAGAAGCGGUCACAUUAAAGCAGUAUGCCAACAAGCUCUGUGGAACCUACAGUGGCGGGAACAAAAGAAAGUUGAGCACUGCGAUAGCUCUAGUAGGAGACCCACCAUUUUUGAUGCUGGAUGAACCGACAACAGGCGUGGAUCCUGCCGCUCGUAGACAAAUUUGGACUGUCCUGUCUAAAAUCCGAGCGAGUGGAAGAACUCUGGUCUUAACUUCUCACAGUAUGGAAGAAUGUGACGCUCUCUGUACAAAAAUUGUCAUUAUGGUAAAUGGAAAAUUUGUCUGCUUUGGGAGUCCACAGCAUCUCAAGAAUAAGUUUGCCCAAGGUUAUACACUUACUAUACGUUUAGCACGUAACGAAAGCGGAAACGCAGUGAAUUCUGGUCCUAUUCGAAAUUUCCUGUUUGGCGAGUUUCCAGGAACAGAAGUCUUUGAGGAUCAACAAGGAUAUCUAGAUUUCCAGAUCCCGAAUCAAAAUUUAUCCCUGGCGAAACUGUUCAGAGAAAUGGAAAGAACAAAAUCAGAAUUCGGAGUAGCAGACUAUUCUGUUCACCAGACUUCGCUAGAACAAGUUUUCCUGUCCUUUACUAGGAAACAGGUGCCACCAAAAGAGAAGAAAGGCUCAUGUUCUUGUUGUUUCUGCUGUCGAUCAAAGCCUGGCUUUGCUGGGCAGAUCAUUAGGUCGCCGGCAAUGGCGGCGUACUGAAUGCAAUUGACACAGUCAUCUAAAUCCCUGCAUUCAAUUGCAAGUUCUACAGCUUUCGUGAACUAAAAUCAAUAAAUGUCACAGUCCUGAUUUGUAUACUCAGGAUGUAUUUUUUUUUUUUUUUUACAAUUUAUUAUAAUU